GUGUUCCUGCUGCGGGAUCCUGUUUUCGGCUGAUCCAGUUCAUCGCUCUCCACCCGAGUUUCCCUUGCAGGUCCCUAAUCACACCCACCAGGUGUUGCUCGCUGCGAACAUGUCCAAGUCACUGAAGAAGCUGGUGGAGGAGAGCAGGGAGAAGAACCAGCCGGAAGUGGACAUGAGUGACAGGGGUAUCUCCAGUAUGUUGGAUGUCAACGGCUUGUUCUCUCUAGCCCACAUCACACAACUGGUGCUCAGCCACAACAAGCUAACAAGUGAGUCAAAUUUCUCUUCGGUUACAUUCCUUCUGAUUAUGUUAUUUCCAUUAGAGAAAGUAAUGAUAACUUACCAUUUCAGGGAAAAAGUGAAGUUUAUUUAGUCGCACUACUAAGAUGUGUAUGUUCCCCUACUCUCCUUCAAGAAUUCUUCCACGUCCUGUGCCUGCUGGUAGUUCUAUUUUUUGAUAGACAUGUAAGUGCUGUGGUAAUAGGAAAUGUCUGGCCAGUGUUUAGCUUUUCAUGAGGGAAAUAUUGAGCCGAGUGUGGCAGUAUAUAACUGUAUCCCAGCUACUCAGGAGGCUGAGGCAAGACGGUAUCUUUAGCCCACACGUUCAAGUCCAGCCAAGGGUCUCCCCCAGCCCCAAGUCUCAGCAACAAAAUAAAACUAUUUUAGAAUAAAAGUCUUUGUUCUCAUCCAUAUUUCUUCCUCCAGUGGGGAAGAUUUCGAUGUUGAAUGUGCUUUUUGUCCCUGCUUUAUAGAUGGAGAAAAACUCACAAGAUUGUAUAAAUUGAAUAUAUUUUUCUCCUGUUUGGAGACUGGUUCCUGGGUCCCUUCUGUAGGAUUCUCCUGGGCAUCAGUGCUGGUUUGGAGUGGUUCCAGGGUCGUAGAAUUGAUAUCUGUUUAAAAGGAAUAUCUCGAGUGACUGAUGGGCCAUUUUCUUCUUGGUGGUAAAGCUUUAAAGAUUUUAAUGACAGGGCCCCACUCUCCUUUCUCAUCCCUAAUUGACUGUCACCUCUUCCCACGUGCCACAUUUCCUGUAGACUUGAGUGAUUUCCUAAUCAUGUGGCAAGCAUUUGUUAGGGGGCUUUCCGAGUCUAGUGAAGUUGAGCGGAAUGUCACGGUGAGGGAUUUGUGUUGUGGAUUUAUGUGUGCGUGUGCGUUAGACAGAGCUGGAGGCUAUGUCACCGAGCUGUUGAUUACUGAGAAUUAAGAAUGGCAGUGAAGGAGGGCCCCUCGUGUGCUGCAAAAAGGCUGAUGAAGUCAUUUUUAGGCAAAGUGCACAUUGGUGAGGACAGGCCAAGUACCAUCAUUGUCAUGUUUAAGUGGCGGUGACCACAGAGGCUGAAAAUGAGACCUCUGUGUCACACGUACACUUUGUGUAAUGCACAUGUCUCGUUGUUAUAGCACUUGUUCUUACUGCCCUUGGUAGCCACAAUUCCAGGUCAGAGGAGCUUGGCAAUUUGUUUUGAAAGGUGCACCACCACGUGAUCUCAGAAUUCUUUAGGGCUUUGAGCAGGAAUUCCCGACACUCCACGUUAGCAGCUUAUGAAAACAUUAGCUGAUUGGCGGGUCUUCUGUGUUCACUAUUGCUUAUGCAAGACUGUCGGCUGUGGUGCAUUUUUAUAGACCAUCCCUUGAUCUAGUCUUCUCAAAAGCAUCCCAGUAGCUGUUGUUUGAGUCCUUUACCGUAUCUGCACAGACCGAAGCCUUAGGAAUCUCCAAGCUAUAAGAUCUGAGAUACAUAAGAGAGGGGUAAAUGUGGUAAACUGUGCUUCCUGUUAAACAGAUUGAUUGUGAAGGGACCCAACCUUUGUCUUCUCUCCCUGUUUGCUCCGUCUCCUCGCGUUUGAGAUACUCUUGACCUAAUCCAGGAAACGUUAAUUAAUUGUCUUGGUGGGUUCUAUUUCAAGCCAUCCUGUAGUGCCGUUGACACUCGAUCUGUUCCACUAAGGUCAAAUUAGCAUCUUUUACUAUUUUUCUGCCAUUUAAACGAUGACUUAGCUGCGGUUUUUCAAGUGUUUAUAGUAAAUAUGUCCAUUUGACAGCGGUAUAAAUAUGCAUUAUGUGUUCAUGGCUGAGCCCACCCCCUGUCACUUUUUAUUCUAAUGAGUGUCUUUCACUUUCUGUUGUUUAAUAGGGACUGGCUGACAAGGCUACAUUAAAACCGCUCAAAAGGCUCAAAAGAUAAACCCCUCAGCACUGCUUACUUUUCUCUUGCUAAAGUAUUUGUGUUUUUCCAGCACAGUGCCAAUGACACCACUCUGACAUUUCCGCUCGCCUGAUGAUGGAAGGAACGACUAGCUUACUCAGUCUGGGACCUUGUUUGGGGCCACACCGUUUGCUUCUGAGUUAACAUCUGCUCACUGGGGCACUGGGUUAACAGUCCUUUUUCUAUUAGAGGUUUUGACCUCUAAAGAUCCACGUGGGGUAAUAGAAUACAAAUGUAGUUAUGAAUGCUCUAAGGUAUCUUCAUCAUCCCAAGGUCCAGUAUCUUUGUGUGCAGAAUGUAUGUGUAUUGUAUGUUCAUGCACUGUGUUUCUGUGUUCAUGUGUGUGAAUACAUGAAUGCUUAGACACCAGAGGUCCAAGCCAGGUGUUCCUCACAUGUUCUCUGGUUUUCUUUGUGCACCAGGGUUCCUCACUGAACCUGGAGCCCGCGUAUUUGCCUAGCCUGGCUGGUUGGGAUCCGCGUGUCUCUACCUCUCGCUCAGGCUGGGAUUACAGAUGCAUAAGCCUCCGUCCAUCCUGUCUUCAUGUGGAUGCCGGGAUCUGGACUCAGGUCUUCAGCUUCUGCAGCCAGCGCUUUACCCACUAAUCCUUCUCCUCAUCUCUAGAAUUUUAUUUCUAAUGUUUUAUUUUACCUUAGGCCAUUCUUGCUUUAUGUAGAUCUGAUUUUGACAUCCUUCUAAAGAUUUAUUUAUUUAUUUAUUUAUUUAUUUGCAAUGCUGGGGCUGGAACCCAGAGCUUUGUGCAUAUGGGGCAAGCAUUUUGCCACCAUGAGCUGCAUGCCUUGGUCUGUAUGCAGAGAUUCGUCAGGUCUUCUGUAACUAUGAAACGACGGAAAUUAAAAACCUAAGGUCCCAGA